AUGGGUAUCUGUGCAUCUUCUGAUCAGUACACAAGGAAAGAUGGGAUAGCCCUUAAGUACUGGCCAUCGACAGUCAAGAUAAUUCACUUGGAUGGAAGGCUGCAAGAGUUCAGGCACCCAAUCAAAGCCGGACACGUCCUCUCCCAGAACCCAAACUGCUUCCUCAGCAGCUCAGAAUCCAUGUACAUCAACUCCCAAGUGCCCAUCAUGCCCCAAAAUGAUGAGCUACAGCUUGGCCAAAUUUACUUCAUGAUGCCACUCUCCAAAUCCCAAGCACUACUUUCUCUCCAAGACUUGUGCGCGCUAGCCAUCAAGGCUCAUGCUGCACUUGCUCAUGCAGGCAGAGGCUAG